AUGAGAAUCGAGUUGGCCAGAUUGCGGCGUGAGGUGGCAGUCGCGGGUUUGUGUGGGGAUGGUCUGUAUGCAGCGCUUAGGGAUCUCGUGCGGCGUUACGAGUCUGAUCUGUCGAAGGGCUGCUUCUACUUGGCUUUGGAGUGUUUGGAUGAUGACUUGUUCACCAAGUUGUGGUCAGAAGAAGUUCUACCUGGGUACCGCAAACUCGUUGUCAACAGCUGCAGAAGAAAGGGACGGGCACGUCUGGCACACGCUCUGUGUGUUCGAGAGCACGCGCAGGCCGCUGCUAAAGACAAGGUGGACUCAUUGACAGUCAUGUUACGUUGGGGGAAAUAUUUGCAAAGCGAUUACGUUCUCAAUUGGUUCAAUGAAUUCCCCUUCGAUCAAGACCUAAGAUAUAUGUUCUUGAAUCGGGUACCGAUGGUGUUCUUCCACGGGUAUGUUGAGCGAGUGGUUGAGAAGAUUUUGAUUCCGGCUCGUUUGGAGUUAGAGGAUUUGGAGCUACGAACCUGGUUGGAGUUGAUGCGUGUUUAUAAGAUCGAGAGUGAUGCGUUGGUUGAGUUUUUAGUUGAGUGGGAUGUGGAAUGGACAAGGCGUGUGAAUGGCCCAGAUGGUGUGGAUCGAGUCCGUCGGGGUUGUGAGGUGAUGGGUAAGGGUUAUGCGGAUACGCCUUUCUUGUUACCUGUACAUAAGAAAUGUUACACGCGUUUGUUGGAGUUGUAUUUAGAACAGGUGCGUGCGAAUGGCCAUAGCUUUAAAGGUAAGCUGAGCGGUAUGGAGUUAGAUCGGGUCUUAUCGUACGACGUGCUACGCAGACUGCGGCUGCUGAACCAGUUGGAUGUGGUAGAUCACAACGCUGUGAUGCAGGUGCCUCUGCAACCCUGGAUUUACCACAGUACCGAGUUCAGCGAGCUUAUGCUCAAUCGGUUCAUCCCCAGUCUCAAGAACGACUGGGAACGCUUGAAACGCGAGAUGGACGAGCAACAAAACAAAGACGACGACACCGAGGUGCAGAACAUGCUCAAAGCCGUCAAGGUGGCACGCUCAGUCACGGUCACUGACGCCAGCGGACGCCUGCUCGCCCGCGGAGGCCGCGACAGCGACCCGGUCGCCACGGAGGCCGUUGUAGAAAGCGACCCGGUCACCGUGGCGAAGUUGAUACGGGAGGCGGAGAAGCAACGGGCCGUCGACUUCGCCCAACUCAGCUGGUGUGUACAGGCUCUGGAUACGCCUGCACUUCCGCUAUUACCGGCAGCGCUGCGCUCGCGGCUUUACCAGGAAUUCGUGGAAAAUACUCUGCUCGACCGCGUCGUCAAGAGUUGCCAUCUGGGAAUGCUCAAGCCGCUGGAUCUGCAUCACACGGUGCUGGUGGACGGCAAGGGUUGGCAAACCUACGGCGAGCAACGCAAGCCAUACUGCACCCUGCCUGCCCAGAACGCGCCUUUCGUGGCCGUCUGGGUUGACGAAAUCCUGCACGGAGCGAACUCCAGUGCAAACUCGGUCGCCGUCGCAGCUGUGGUCCAGGCGGCUCCAGCAGCGGCCGAGGCUGAGACUGAGGUCGACAUAGAGCAGAAGCUGGCGUCGAUCCGGCGAGUGCCGGCUAAAACUAGACUGUCGACACAGGACAUGCGGGCGUAUCGUUUGCACACACGCGGGUGCGGCGAGUGGAAGCGGCUGGCCUGGAGGCGCCGGAGUCGAGGCUGUCUCCGUUGGUCCUGUCUGGCGCCGACACAACGCGGCGUACGUGUGGCCCAGCUCUGCACUUUGGCCGAGCAGUACGUGGACUACAGCCUCCGUACACGUGACGGGUUCCCUUCGGCUGCGUGCUUCGGCGAAAUGGGCCACGCGGUUCGCAACGGUCACGACUUUUUGCUGGCCAACCUGGCAGCGAAUGUCGGCAGGUACGUCACCGGGCACAACGGCGUCGGCUUCUGCGACGGGCGAGCGUUCCUGGCACGCACCUUGGACGCCAUACUGGAUCAGCUACGGGCCCUGGGCCACCCGAGGUUGCUGGACGCGCCAGACUUCAACAUGGCCACGAUCUUCCCACGUGUGGUCAAGUACCCCGCGGAACUUGGCGACCGGCACGAAAACAUCUACCCAUACUCGCUGCCAGCCAUUCAGCCACUAAUAGUGUUGCCUCCCGACCCCGCUGUGGCCAUGGCCGGGGGUGCCCGGAGCCGCACAGCCAGGGAUUCGAAGACGCCGUUUUGCAGUGUGCCAUGGAGAGCGAUUGAUAGAGUCCCCAUCCCGCGUCUUGUGAAAGUCUCCGGCGUUCCCGGAGAAGGCUGUCUCGAAGGAGGCUGGAACGUGGGUCCCGAGGAGAUUUACAUGGGCGUGGAUCCGGGUCGAGUAGCGGCGUUCAGGCGACGAGAGUUGCACGACAAGGCGGUGUCGGUAUCAGUGCCUUACAAGACAGUGCUGGAGUGGAUUUACGGGUUGGUCGCAGUUCAUCGUCCGGCAGCAUUGUGUCCGACAGAAUCGUUGUCGAAUUGUGGCGAGAAGUUUUCAGUAUCGGUGGCAUGUGCGGCGGUAGUGCAGUUGCAGUACGGGGCCGUCAUGACGCCGAAUCUAGUAAACCGAACAAGUGUGUUGAAGAACCCUCAUAGCACGGUGGAGGAGCGCGCACUGAUACGGCAAGAAACAAGUUUGUUGAAGCAGGUCAUAAUUCAGCUGUACGAUGAGUCGACGCCCUGCGCGGGUUCGGGUAAUGCCGCCACCACGUAUGACUUGAACACGCAAUGGUGGCACCCCGGCGACUACGCUGUCAAACGUUCAAUGUUCUUGUGGCCCGGCCAAAACAACGUCUUCUACCAACACAGAGAGAUAGCGGAGGUACUCGUGUCACUCACCGUCCGCCUCAAUCGCGGAACUGGCGGCGGGCCGUUAGACUCAAUGAGAAAAUAUGGAGUGCCACCCAUCCAAGACCAUGAAUUGCUGCAUCAUAUGAUGCGUCACGGCCUCACUUUCAAACACUAUCAAAAGACCCGUACCGUGGCUGUUACCGUAGCGAGAACCGACGCGGCGGAGACCGCCGCGUCGGGAAUCGUGACGGAAUCGGAGAGAGAGUGUGCUCAGAGGUUGAAGGCGUCGUUGAAUGAUCGUUUGUUCGGUCUGGUGGAGGAGGGACAUCGUCGACGUGUGCGCGAGACUCCGAAGGCGUUGUUGGCUCGUGGUUUUUGUUUUGCGUGUGCCGAUUUAUGUUGGUUCAAUUUGGCGGGGAAGAAGGAACGUAAUGAUUAUUCUGAUCGACGUAUGUUUUAUAUGGGGUGCAGUGAGCUGAAUGAGACGUAUCCGGAGCGAUUGGCGAAGGCGUAUAGGCGUGAGGAUGCGUGGCUGACUAGUCGCGAAAACUUGAAGACAUUAUUAAGACUGCAGUUACCAGCGGCGAUCGAGCGUAAGGAUUUCGAGCUAUUCGCACGCGUGCUUAUGCUAUUCACUCGUGCCGCCUCCGAAGCCGAGGGCCGCAUACCCACCCAGGUGCGUCUGGCCGCGCCCUUUCUCACUUUCGACCAGUGUGUCGGGCUUUGUAGGCUUUCUGCCAGGGCACACGAAUCAGCCUGGCUACUCGCCGCCAGAAGUGGACGGAUGACCGAACUUUUCGACAAACUGUUGGGACAUGUCCGCGAACAAGAAAAUGUCUCCUUCGCACUCCUCGCAGCCUUCCCUAUCAUACCCUACGUACCACCCCACACGGUGAGGGUGCUGCUGGCUUCGUGCAACGCACUCCUUUGUCGCGCUCAAAAGGCUCUUUUGCAAUGCAGAAUUAGACUAGGCGACGACCUGUGCACAAACGCCGACGCCAGCAACCCCGCACAGGACCCGAUCACAAACGUGGACCCGAUCACAAACGUGGAUCCGAUCACAAACGUGGAUCCGAUCACAAACGUGGACCCGAUCACAAACGUGGAAGUAAAGGAGAUGAAGCGAGGAUCGGCACUGCGCGUUGGUUUCAGGGGUGUGAGUAAGUUGUUGAAUGCCACCAUCUUCAACACAGAUCCUUCACUCUUCAACAUGCUGUGUGGGAUGUAUGGCAGCCUGCUGGAUGACCCACGAGUCUUUCGCGCGUUCCAGUUGUGUGUGUUCGACCCCAAGAGAGAAGAAGGUCUCAAGAAACUUACUGCACCUGAUCGAAAGGCCCUGUUAUCAGGUCCUUGGGGUCGGCGGAAUGGAGAGGCAGAUCCAAGAGGCAUCUUACGGAAAAUUAAACUAUCAUUUAUGACUCGUCAGCUCGAAUUGGCUAGUCUGGAAACAUUUUGUAACUACGUUCAAAAUGCCCCGGCCAGUGCUCACGUACCUGUUCCUCGAGCGUUCAGGGAGCCAAAUACCCCCUCCGACCUUGCUCUACUUCGUGCCAUCUGUACCUACUGCCAAAUCAACGAUUACGCUUCCCUCUAUAAAAUGCUACUUGGAAUCCACUGCGACUCCAGCUUCAGAACACUUCAAGUGGGAGCUGUCUGUCCCAACACCGGACUUGCUCUUAAACUGGAGGGCCUGAAAUAUGGCGGAUUCUGUGAAUAG